AUGGGCCGCCGAAAACAAACGCGGCCGAAAAAGUGUGACUUUAGUAGUAUUAUAACUUAUAAACAGGCUAUCGAAGCCUACAAUAAACUUUUACUACAGUUAGAACAUGGCCAUCAAGGUAAGUGAUCAUUUAGGUUGAACGAUCAAAUCAUUGAUUCAUUUGUGCAUUUACAGCAUUACAUUACGGUUACUAUAAACUGACUACAGGAAUCUUAUCUUGAUACUUUUUCCAAAAUUUUUAAGCUUGAAAAUACCUUUUCAGAAGAAAGAUACGCCCCGGACAUGUCGUUAAACCUAUCAUUUUAUUGCAAAUUAUGCCAAGAAGUGAACGUGUCAUCAAUUAAAGCUCACAUGGAGUUGCACCACGCCCUGGAUUCUAGUACUAAAUGGUUACCCUACAUAUCACUGCUGUAG